CUUUGCUGUCCUAAUUUAAUGAAGUAAGAUUUCAGUUUAUUCGAAAAAGUGGUCUCUAGCUCUUUCUCUCUCGUUCGUUCAUGGCGAAUUGUAGGAGAUUACUACUAUUUUCCUCCAUUUUUCUUGUUACUCUCGCUGCUGCUGCCGCAGUAGAGAUCGGGAGUUAUGGGGCUAAAGAAAAUACAAGGAAAAAGCUUCGAUUUGAUAGGGAGAAAGGACAAUUCAGGAUAUUACAAGUUGCGGAUAUGCAUUUCGCUAACGGAGAAACAACGAAAUGCUUGAACGUCUUACCCUCUCAGAUUUCCAGCUGUUCUGACCUCAAUACUACCGCCUUCAUACGUCGCAUGAUCCGUGCAGAACGUCCUCACCUUAUCGUUUUCACUGGAGAUAAUAUUUUUGGAUUUGAUGCAACCAACUCUGCAACUUCUCUGGAUGCUGCAUUUUCCGUUGCAAUAGAAUCCAACAUACCUUGGGCUGCUGUUCUGGGUAAUCAUGACCAAGAAGGUACACUGUCUAGGGAAGGGGUGAUGAAGCACAUAGUAGGAAUGAAGAAUACCUUGUCCCAGCUCAAUCCACUUGAUGUCGACUUUAUUGAUGGUUUUGGGAACUACAACUUGGAAGUCAAUGGGGUUGAUGGUUCAAGCUUUGCAAAUAAGUCUGUUCUCAAUUUAUACUUCCUUGACAGUGGUGAUUACUCUGCAGUUCCUUCCAUCCCUGGUUAUGGAUGGAUCAAGCCCUCUCAGCAGUUUUGGUUCCAACAAACUUCAAAAAAACUCCAGAAAGUAUACACCAAAAGUCCACCAGUUCAGGAGACUUCUGCUCCAGGCCUUGCUUACUUUCAUAUACCAUUGCCAGAAUAUGCAAGCUUUGAUUCUUCAAACUUCACAGGUGUUAGAAAGGAAGGAAUUAGUUCUGCUUCAGUGAACUCAGGUUUCUUCCCAACUAUGGUCGAAGCAGGAGAUGUAAAGGCAGCUUUUGUUGGUCAUGAUCAUCUCAAUGACUUCUGUGGGGAUCUGAUGGACAUUCAUCUCUGUUAUGCUGGUGGUUUUGGAUACCAUGCUUAUGGAGAGGCUGGAUGGUCAAGGAGGGCUAGGAUGGUGGUAGCAUCUUUGGAGAGAACUGGUCACUCUGGUUGGGGAGCUGUCAAUUCUAUUAAGACAUGGAAACGCCUUGAUGAUGUAAAUCUCUCUACUAUUGAUGUUCAAGUGCUCUGGAGUAAGAAUCCUACAGGAAGCCGAAGAAAGAAAGAGACUCGUGUUUAAGUUACAACUUACAUACCAUGUAUUACAAAUAAAAGGGCAAUAUACUACUUAGUUGAGGAUAUCAGUGGCAUACUCAGAGCCUUUUGAAGCUUCAGACACUAAUGUUUUGGGAUGUUUGUAAGUCCAUUGUGAGGAAGUUUUUAAAGUCAACAAAUAUCGGUAUACAGUAGUAUUAUUUGUUCGCUUUCUGUAUUGGACAAUGUUGGAAAAAGUCACAUAAAUUAAAUAAAGAAUACUUCUUUUCUUUCUUUGUCUGUUGUGAUUCCUGAAAAUUGUUUCAUAGAAGAAUUUUGUAAAAAUAUUUGAUGAGAUUAUUUUUCAGAACAUUUUG